AUGGAGGAUAUAUUGGGGCUGUUGCACUUCAGGGACUUCGCGACUCUGCUGCAGCUGCUGCAGCAGCAGCAACAGCAACAGCAGCAGCAGCAGCAGAAGCAGCAGCAGGAAGAGGACCCGCAGCAGCAGGAGCAGCAGCACCCCCAACAACAACACCACCCGCAGCAGCAGCAGCAAAACCAACAACAGUACCCUCAGCAGCAGCAGCAGCAGCAGCAGCAAUUGGCUGCUAACGAGCUCAUUAGCUGCUGCCUCCCGCUGCUGCAGCAGCUGCUAGAUUCUUAUUCUUCUCCUUCAGAGCAUAUCGAAGUGCUGCUAACAUAUUUUCAAAAGGAAGAGAUUGAGGCCUCAAGACGCCUAUCUCGCUUAGCAGCAGCAGCUGCUGCAGCACCAGCUGCAGCAGCAGCAGCAGCAGCAGCAGCAGCAGCAGCAGCAGGACCAGCAGCAGCAGUAGCACCAGCAGCAGCAGGGGAAACGAGUGCAGCAACAGGGACGGAAAAAGCCGCAGCAACAGCAGAAGGAGCAGCAGCAGCAGCAACAACUGCAGCAACAGCAGCAGCAGCAGCAGCAGCAGCAGCAGCAGGAACAGCAGCAGCAGAAUCUACUUCUGUAGGGGUAUGUAAUGAAAAGAAAACCCAACUGAGUUGUUUGUGGUGGGGGCCCCCGGGGCCCCCUGAAGGGGCCCUAAGUGAUGCAGCGCUUGCUGCUGCUGCUAAUAGGUUUAGAGCAGAUGCUGCUACAUUUGCUGCUGCCGCUGCUGCUGCUGCGGGGCCGGCAGCAGAAGCUGCAAUUGUUGAAGCGGGGGUGAAGAUAUGGGGGCCCCUAUUGCCGCUGCUGCUGCCACAUUUGUAUCAUUUGCUGCCUUCAAGUGUCCCUGAACAGUCUGCAGCAGCAGCAGCAGCAGCAGCAGCAGCAGCAGCAGCAGCAGCUUCAGCAGCGGCACCUGCCGCAGCAGGUGCUGCUGCUGCAGGUGCAACAGCAGCAAAUGAAGCAGCAGUAGCAGGUGCUGCUGCAUGCACAGCAGCAGCAGAUGCAGGUGCAGCAGCAACAGCAACAGCAGUAGAUGCAGCAGCAGCAGCAGCAGUUGCUGCAGCAGCAACACAGAGGGGAGCGUUGCGCCUGUGUGCAGCAGCAGUAAUGUGGCUGUGGCAGCAGAUGUGGGGGCCUCCGACAGCAGCAACAGCAGCAGCAGCAGCAGAAGCAACUACGAGAAGUUUGCUGCUGGGGCCCCCCUUUGCUGCUGCAGAGGUAGCGCUCGCUAAGCCUUUUCUCUCUGUUAUUUUAAAUGCACCUACAGCACAAGAAGCCCUCCAAGGUUUAGGCUUAUCUCCUUCACUUUGUCUUCAUCUUUCUGCUUCUUUCUCUUCACCUCAUGUCCCUGUACACUGCAGCACCACAGCGCUGCUCCGCAUUGCCUUCGCUGCUUCUGUCGAAGAUAUUGCUUCUGCAAUUGCCACCAACACUCUAUCCCUUCACUCCCUUAGGGGCCCCCUAGGGGCCCCCACGGGGGCCCCCUUUGGGGCCCCCUUUGGGGCCCCCUUUGGGGCCCCCACAGGGGCCCCCACUGGGGACCCUAUGGGGGCCCCCUUAGGGGGCCCCUUAGGGGGCCCUAUGGGGGGCCCCUUAGGGAGCCCCUUAGGGGGUCCCUUAGGGAGCCCCUUGGGGGGCCCCUCUGGGGGCCCUUUGGGGGUACUGUGGAGGGGUUCGUUGCGGCCGGGGGCCCUGGCGAGGGCCCUGCUGUUAAAGAGGGGGGCCCCUCACUUGAAGGCGCAGCUGUUGCUUUGUUAUUUCAUUCUUUGUUUAGAUUGGGAGCAGCAGCAGACGCAGCAGCUGCUGCAUGCAGCAGCAAAUGAGAAGGCUUCGCCAGCGCUGCAGCAGUUUGCUGAAGAAGCUGCUGCAGUCUCUAAUACCCUUCAAAUACUUCUACUACAGACUGCGCAAGGGCCCCAAGGGGGCCCCCAUGCAGCAGUUGGGGGCCCCCUAGGGGCCCCCACUGCCUCUUCAGGGGGCCCCCCUUUGGGGGCCCCCCGUUCAUCUGAUUGUGAAGAAGAAAGAGAAGAGGGUUUUUCUUCUUUUGAUUGCUGCGGGUCUCGCUGGGGCCCCUUUGCUGCUGCAGAGGUGCUGGGGCUUCUGGAUCUGCACGCAUCUACAGCAGCAGCAGCAGCAGCAGCAGCAACGCCUGGAUCAGCAGCAGCAGCAGCUGCAGUAGCAGCAGCAGCAAGGCAGCUGCAGCGGAGUUUGCCGCGUGCGUUGCUGCUGAUGCUGCUGCGUAUCGGGCAGCAGCAGCCAGCAGCUGAGCAGCAAAUAGCAUUUGGUGAAGUUUGCUGCUGUAUGAUGGGGGAAGGGCUGCUGUCUCAGGAGACGCAUGCAGAGUUGCUGCAGCGUUUAGGGGCCCUUGCUGCUGGUCAGUGCUUUGUGGGGGCCCCUUACCUCGUACCCUUCCACCUGCUGCAGCAGCAGCAGCAGCAGCAGCAGCAGCAGCAGGUGGAUGCACUUCCUGCUUCAUCAGCAGAUGAGAUUUAUGCUGUCCUUAGAGCUGCAGUUCCGCAGGCGUUGUCUGUCUCUCCCUUUCUUUCUUUUAGAGGGGUCAACAGUAUAUUGUUUGGGUUUAUAUUUAAUAGCUUUUUGCAGGCUUGGAAGGCAUGGGGCCUCCUCCCGCAGCAGCAGCAGCAGCAGCAGCAGCAGGAGCAGCAGCAGCAGGAGACAGACGCAGUGAUGGAUGUACUUGCUGCACAAACAUGCUACUUAAGGGCCUCCUUGCUGCGUUUGCUGUCUCCUCUUGUCUCUUCUUCUGAAGCUCCUCAAGGAGGCUUGAGCAGCAGCGACAGCACACAACAGCAGCAGCAGCAGCAGCAGCAGCAGCAGCUGCGCGAUACAGCGGAGUUGCUGGGGCUUCAGUGCUGGUUGUUUAUAUCUCGAGACUGUCGCUACUUGCGACGUCUGCAUUCGCUGCCUUGGAGCUCAGCUCUAUCUUUUCUUUCUUCACAGUGCGCUGCUUCUAAUUUUUAA